UUCGUCUUUGACAUUACUAAGAAUCACUUUAAGUUGUGAGAGUGAGCAGCUGAAUAAUUAUUAAUAAAACCAAAACUAAGAAUGAAAUUCGUUGUGGCAUUUUUGAUGUUAGUUGCUUGUACUGCCUUUUCAUUGGCAUACAAAAAUGAUGUAUGCGGAUUACCACACUCAAUCGAUGGCAAUGGAGUGGUUACGUGCUUCGCUUACAUACCCAGUUGGAGUUACGACUCUAACGAUAAUGAAUGCGUGAACUUCAUAUAUGGAGGAUGUGGCGGCAACAAGAAUCGCUUUAAAACCAAAGAGGAGUGUGAGGAUACAUGCGUCGAGUGAACAAAACACAAAUCCUUAUCAUAAAAUCAUUAUAUUAUAAUAAUAAUGUGAAAUAAAUGCUGUCAUU